AUUGAUUGCAGCUGAAUACCAAUCUAAGACUACUGAAUUUUGAGCCUUCGUCGAUAAACGUUAUAAAUCUAAGGACACAUACAUGGAGAUAAAAGUAUGUGUCUGUAUAGGGCCAAACUGUUUUUUUAUCCAAGAUCUUUUUUAAGUUUGACCGUGUAGCUGGAACUCGACAUGCAUUAUGGAACAGUAACAGGAUCCUGAAUACGAUCGGUGUGCGUUAUCGACCAGUAUUAAUUUACAACUGUUUAUCUUUUUGAAUCGCUUGCGUUUGCGCCACUUCGUCUUUGACUCUCAGAUUACUCGGACUAUAAAAUCAAUAGCAACAUGUUGGGAAAAGCUAAACCGAUACUUUACGGAGAUGUGGCGUCGCCGCCAGUGCGAUUCGCCAUGAUGACAGCGUCUAUAUUGAACAUCGAUUAUGACUUCCACAACAUUGAUCUAUUUAAGGCGGAGAACAACACGGAUUCUUACAAGAAGAUAAAUCCCCUGAAGAAAGUACCAGCAUUGUCCGUAAAUGGAGAGUUCAUUCGCGACAGUCACGCUAUAGCGCUGUAUUUCUGCAGAAACAGUGGCAAUCAAGAGUUGUACCCCGAAGACAGUAUUCUAAGAGCAAAAAUAGACGAAUGGCUGUAUUUUGAUGCGGGAGUUAUGUUUCCAAUCGAUAGCGCUAUAUUUACAGAAUAUUUUGCUGGUAAAUGGCCAGCUGAUGAGGCUAAGGUUAAGAAUUGGUAUUUGUCGUUGGAUCAUUUAGAACACACAUUGGGUACACAGAAAUGGCUUACAGGUGACAAGAUACGACUGUGUGAUAUCUGCUGUGCAGCUUCAGUAAGCUCUCUCGAGAUAUUGGUGCCACUUUCCGAACAACAUAAUAAAGUAAAAGAGUGGCUCGAGUCUUUAAAAUCCCUCCCUUGUUUUGAAAUAAACACUCGGGGCUUACAACGGUUACAAGGAUUUGUCAGAAAGGUUGUGUCUUAGCGUUCGGUUAAGAUUUGAUUAAUUGGUUGAUGUGCAUUGUAUUAAACAAUUGAUAAAGUAAA